GCGGUGCUCGGUUCUCGUCACUGUUAAUCUCUUUUCAACCUGUUCAGGAUUUUCAAACUUCAAAACUUUGCCGAAACUCAUCGUUUAUUUUUCUACCACUCAUAUAAUUCGCUGAAUAUAGUGUACAACACCACGAAAAAGCAUUACAAGCUUAAAAUGCUGUUAUCGUCUUUCUGAAAGAUAUUUACCUGGCACUGUAUAGUGUGAACAACGCUGAGUGAUGUAACACCAAAAUUCCCCAUUUCGUAAGUUGGCGUUACUCUGUUGAUCGGCACGCUACGUAUGGUUUGGCAUGAAUAGAAAACUCACCGGUCGUAAUACGCUCAGUGCUAUUCAAGCAGUGUGUGAGCAGAAUGAAAGCUCUUUAAUACGUUGACGUUUAUAAUAAAACAGCUCGCCUCAAACCUUAUUGACUCAAGGACGUUUGUACUUAUGGGAAGUAGACAAACAUUCCGUUGCCUUGAGACUGGGGUUGGGUGACCGCUCAGUUAUAUCGGAAUUACAAAUGUGCGUUUUGCUUGGAACAGUUAGAUAAUGUCGGUCGCUUCAAAGCAAGUUACGAGAAAUCGAUCCAAGAAGAAAGUGUCAGGAACACCAGAUAAACCAGGAUCCCCUGCCUUUGAUCAUAACAAGCCGGUUGUCAUCAAUAAUGAAGAAAUACAAAGGCUUGCUAUCAGAGAUGAAGACUUGUCUAAGUUGCGAAAAUCGCUUGAAGUAGGAACGAUUACAAAAGAGCCAGAGAAAACCGCUUACCUUGUUCGUAAGCCAAGACCAGGACAGGAGAAAAGCGAAAAACCGAAGAAACAAAUCGUUGUCGCUCGUCCUGCACCUCCCAAUGCAAAACUUAAACCAAUUGAUUAUUCUGGCCCUGCAGGACCAAGAUACAACACAGAUGGCAGUAUCAUCCCACACAGUAUUCUUGGUACAGUUCGUGACUUUGUGGAUGUUGCAAUUCAAAGAGAAGUCAUGAGACCGGACUCCCCAGCUGCUACAAAGCUUCCUGAGUUUCAACACGUUGUAGAACUUGAUGUGGAGAAGUACCAGAGACCUCCAACUGCAUACAGAGCCCAAAUACCAACUGCUAUCAACCAAGAAAAGGCUCUUUAUAACUGGAGGAAAAAGAUGGCGGAAAGGAAAAAGCAGCAAGGAUAUAUUUCAAGGUUGUUGCAUAAACCUUCUGAUCGUCUUGUGAUGAACCAAGAUGAUGCUUAUCGAUCGAUGCAGGAAAAAAGGAAAUUGGUAGAUCGGUCGAUACCGGCUCUUGAUUAUGGGAAGGGAUACAGAGUUGGAAGUGAAUUUUGGAAACAACAUGAAAGUUUUGGUGACGAUUUGACGGGAAUUAAAAUGUCAAUUACUAAAACUGAAAGAGGAAGCCCUGUAGAGUUUGAGCACAUCGGCAAGCCAGUGACAGUAAGACAUGAAACUGGAGCCACACGUGCUGGGGAAGAAGCCAGUGUUGAUCCACGAAGGACCUGGCACUCAAGUCGAUACCUUAAGCAGCGAACAAGACAACUUGAACCCAUAAUGAAAGAUCUUGAUCCUUAUAACCCAGAUCUGCUGCACCUUGAAGUGAUUGGUAAUGAUGACAAACAAACUUUUCAUAAUGAAGAAUUUAACUUUGAAGUAGAAUAUGUAGGAGACGAUAAAUAUGACUCACAACAACCAGCAGAUCCCUUGUAUAAAUAUCCUGAUGUCAAUUCAGAACCAAUAUUUGGACCGUCUAUUAUAUUUGAUGGCGUGCAAGCUCAAUGGGUUGGGUCUAGUUUUGAAAACAAGGGUAAAGUUGGAGCUGUGGCUCGAGUAGGAUUUGAAUCUAGCGCUGGUGAACGAACCUCUUCCCAUCUUAUGGUGGAAAAUAAUGGAACAACAGCUGUUUAUUAUGAAUGGAGAAAAGUGCCAAAAGAAAUUGCAUUUGAAGCUCUCAAACCUGAUCUAUUGCAAAGAUUCUACUUUAACACAGGAGAAGGAGUUAUCUUACCUGGCGACACUACCAAGUUCCCAUUCGUAUUUAAAUCACCAAAUGCAGGAAUCUUUACUGAAACUUGGGAGUUAAUGACCAAACCUGCUGUGUUAGGAGGCGCUUCUUUACAGGUUGUGUUGAAAGGAGUUGCAGUACAAGAUGAUAAUAUGGAAGAGGAGAGAAAGAAGAUAGAAGAAGAGCUGGAAUCAAGGGAGGCGGGAGUUAUAGUGAAAAAGAUUAUUGAAGACAUCAUACGUGGUAUUCAAACUCCUGAGAGGUCUCCAUCUCCAAUCGAUGCUUACAUAACUGAGGAGGAAAUUUUCAUGAGGAAGAAUAACGGGAGAUAUUAUGACCAUGAAACCAUCAUGGAGUUAAAGAAUAUUUACCUGCAGCUUUAUGCUGAGGAAGAUCGUGAAGGAAAGGAAUGGAAUCUCUCGCUGGACGAGCUUCAAACGUUUGUAUCAGCACUACCAGAUGAGGGAGCUAAGGAGGAACUUUUAAGCGGAUUAAACGCAGUGAUUGGCCAAUUAUCUUUUCCGCCAUUGACACCAACACAAAAAGGAAUGUAUGCAGCUGGCUACAAACUUUGGCAAGAUGCAAUUGACAACAUAGUCAGUUGUUCAAUGAUGGUACGUGGUAUCAUGGGGUUACCUGAGGUCAUAAUGACAGAAGUAAUUGGUGAACCUGAACCAACCUUAUCAGCUACUUCACGUCAAUCAAGUGCAGAGAAGUCACUAUUAGAGAAGCAUAAACCUGAUAAAGAUGACAAAAAGAAAGGAAAAAAGAGCACUGGUAAAGAUUCAAAAGAUGAUGGCAAAGGGAAGAAGGGAAAGAAAGAUGCAAAGGAUAAAGAUAGACCUAAGAGCAAAGAUCCAAAAGCUAAAGGAGGAAAGGCACCAAGCCCAACUAAAGAAAUUCAAGAACGAGAUACAGCAUCUAAGACACCAUCCAGCGUUAAGACUAUUCCUACAGAUUCUUUAGACCCUGUCACUAGAAGAAAACUCACAGAGAAGAUGUACAGCCAGGUGUAUGAGCUGCUACUUGGAAUGGUGGAUAACAUGACACUUGCAUUUGAGGAAGUUAAAUCUGCAUCUGAAUAAAUUAAACUUGCUAUAAUUUUUUAUGUUUAAGCUUAAAGCAAUAUAUUUUUUGUAAACAAUUUUACUAGCACUGUUUUUAAUAAACCACUGUAAAUUUGCAAGGAUUGAGUUUAUAGCGAACCUGUAUGUGUUAACAAUUAACAUCAUGGAUAUUUUUACAUUUCAACAGGUAACUAACCACAGAAACA